UGGAGCUGUGUUCACCUCUGGAGAAGUGGCGAGUCCAGGACCAGAGGCGGGUCUGACUCAGGCUGCAGGAACCAGGAAGUGUUUUCUCAUCCCUGAUUCAACACUAACCACCGGCAGCGAACAGGAGGAAGAAAUGUCCGCGUCUUCUUCACAGUCAGAGCUGAGGCUGGUGGUGCUGGGCCGGGCCGGGGCAGGAAAGAGACCAGCAGUCAACACCAUCCUGGGCCUGCAAGACUCGGAGCAGGGCACAGACGCCCAGGAGUGUAGUAAACACAGAGGAGAGGUCGCAGGCAGACAGGUGGCUGUUGUCACCAGUCCAGCCUGGUUCGGCUCCGACUGCGACCCAGAGGAAAGGAGAAAACACAUCUCCUCCUUCAUCGCCUUAUCCAGCCCGGGGCCACAUGCCUUCCUGCUGUGUGUCCCUGUGAAUCAGCCCGCUGACGGAGAGGCCAAGGCGCUGGCUGCCCUGACGACGCUGUUCGGCCCCUCCGCAGUCACCGGAAACACCAUCAUACUCUUCACCCACACGGAGGAGCUGGAGGAGGACGAGCGGCUGGAAGAAUACCUCGUCACUUGGCGCAAGGACCUCCAGGAGCUGGUGGAAAAAUGCGGUGAGCGCUACCACACCCUGGAAACCCGCGGUGGGGAACCGGAGGAGAGGAAAGCUGUGGAGGAGCUGCUGGAGAAGGUUGAGCAGGUAGUGACGGAGACACGACACUUGAGCUGCCCUUUGUACCGAGAGGCCGAGGAGAGAGUGAGAGAGAGGCAGGUAGAGAUAGCGAGACAGAGAAGAGCAGAGGAGCUGAACGACCAGGUGUCUCCCUCAGACUCACAACCAGAGGAAAAUGUUACGGAAGAGGAGAUGGAAGCGGUCCGGGCGGAGGCAGAGAGGAGCGUGGGAGACCUCGACGUGGAUAUAGAUAGUAUUUUCCCCCCUGCCGAUGUCUCAGCCUCCUCCCCCGCUCCCUCUUCUCUGUGGGAGAAGCUGACGAGCUGGGUGAGGUGGCUGACUACACUGGUGAGGAGGGAGGCCUUGUUCGGAGCCCUGGUCGGCCUGUUCGUGGGAGGGCCGUUCGGGGGUAUGGUGGGGGCCACUGUGGGAUCAGUGGCUACCGAGGUGGGGAGAAGGAAAACGCAGAAAACUAAAUAAGAGAUAAUCUCAAAUUUUAAUAUAUUACACAUUAAGUUGCACCUUAAAGUCACUUCACUGUGUUCAGCAAACCGGCGUAUUAUUAAGCUAGGGGCUCACCAGCUAGCACUUAUAAGGAUAGUAUUUAUGCCUGACCACUACACUAUUAAUCACCACUCUGUAUUAGCUGAUUACUUUGUUAAUGGUAAACAAAUUGUGCUUAAUGGACCAGUAAUAACACAUUAAUAGGAACAAUGUUUGGGUUGCCAGGUUUGAAAAAUCCCUUUGGCUGGUGUUCAUCUUCCUCUGGAAUAAUUUGCUCUGUGUUAUCAGUUAGCGUCUUGAUCCCUCAACCUCCUCAGCCACUAGUUAUUAAUACAAGCUACAAGUCAUAAAUGUAAAUGAUUAAAUUCUCUCCAGCUACAGUAAUACAUUAAGUCUGGGAAUACAAAUGUUGUUAAACCUGUCGUAAGUAUUUUCUUCGGCCACUUGGGGGCUUUAAACAAAACAUUGACACGUCACCUUUUUACGUUUAUAUGGCGAACUUGUUAGCAAAUGCUUGCUAAUUUAAACAUCCAGCAGCAUUAGCAUUUAUUUGGACUCGUGUUUCUGGUGACCAUAAUGAAUGUAAAAGCCCAAUAUUCACUUUCUGGUAUUUCUUUAUCUUCUGUUUGGCGCUGGGCAGAUAGUGCACAGUGGGUUUCCAGAGGUUUUCCCCCUGAAAACAGCUGCUUUCAGGCGCACACAUAGGUCGUAAAGAUGGACGUAGCCUCCGUGACGUCACCUGUAGGUUCUGAAGAGCGUUUUUGAAGCUCAGAGUGGGCUGCUCCGCCGUCGCCAUCUUGGCAGUGUUUGACUCCGCCCCUAAUUCCCGGCCAAUCCACACAGGGCAAAGAGUUUGGGCCUCUGUGGAGCUGAGACGUCGCUGCAUGCCGGUUUGUGGUAAGCAUGCGCUCACCCACCUGUCACUCAAAGUCGCCACACCCUCAAUUAUACAUAACUUUAAAUUUAAACUGGUGAAUUAUAUAAAAAUUCACCCCCGUACUUUUACCACAAAGAGGGAAAUUAGCUUUUUUUUUUAAACCAAAACCGUUUUUUUGUACCAGGCUUUUCUGCACUUCUCUGUUGGCUUCAGGAAGCUGUGAGGGGGAACUACAACAUUAAAGUUUCCAUGAAAAACAAAACAAAACAAAGUGUUUAAAGACGUUAAAGCUCUGCAGAGCUGAGUCAUGUCAUAAUUAUCAUUUAUUAAUGCAGCUUUAAAUAAAUCGCAUUGUUGGAAGAAACACAACAGCCGAAUAGAUUCAUCACUACCUGGCGGCCAAGUUGUUUUCUCACAAGUGGCUUAUUAUUGAUCCAUAAAGAAAUGAUACAUUAUUUUAUUAACCGUUAAAGUGAUUAGUUACAACUGUCACACACUUUUUAUGAAGGGGUUAGAGCAGAUGGUUAAAAACACUCAAAGAUGCAAUACUCAGAAACAUCCACAAGGGGGAGACAUUGACUAUAAUAUCUGAGAAGUUUAAAUGCUUGAGGUGAACUGAGAGAUACUUAUUUCCUGCUUAUCAAGCAAAUAAAAGCUGCUGCUUUAAGAAGA